UCCUCUACGGCUUUUGUACUUUUUUGUGAGACUUUUGGUUGUCUUCGGUUUCAUUCCGAACAAAAAUGGCGACGACAGCGGAAACAAUCUCAGCCGCUAUGCAACUGAUCGACCCAAAGAAAGAGAACCUAAAGAAGGCCUUCGACGACCUUCAAUCCCACUCCGACGUCCUCUCUCUCUUCUCUCUCACCUGGUCCGACCUCGAUUCCCAUUUCAUCUCCCUCCAAAACUCCCUUUCCCAAAAAAUCCAACUCCUCCAAACCCUAGAGUCCCAAUCCCCAAACCCUUCUUCCUCUGCCCCAAUCCCACAAACCCAGAUAACCCAAGACCCGUCUUCGUCGAAUUUACAGACCCAGAUACCAAAGGACUCAUCUUUGGACCCCAAAGCACCAACCCAGAUAGCAAAGGAUCAGAAUUUGUCGACCCAGGUAGCAAAGGACUCAUUUUUGGAGCCCAAAGCACCAACCCAGGUAGCAAAGGAUCCGAAUUUGUCGACCCAGGUAGCAAAGGACCCGAAUUUGUCGACUCAGGUAGCGAAAGAGUCUUCUUCUUCAUUGAACCCACCGAGCCGGAACAGUGUUGAGCUCAACAAUGGUCAUGAUGCAGAUGCAGUGCCUCCUCGGCCUGAGUUGGUGGCGUUUUGCGAGAAAAUGGAUUCAAUUGGGCUGAGGAAGUAUAUGAAUGACACUAAAAAUAACCGGAACACGAUCCGGUCCGAGCUCCAUGGGGCUUUACGGCACGCUCAGGACCCGGCGUUGAUGGUUCUCAAUGCAAUGGAGGGGUUUUACGUGGAGAAUAAGGGUGAUAAGGACCUGGAAGUGAGUAGUGUGAGGAGAACUGGUGUGCUGUUGUUGGAAGUGUUGUGUGGAAUUUCACCAAAUGUAGGAGUGGAGGUGAGGGAGAGAGCCAAGAAGUUGGCAUUGGAGUGGAAAGGGAAGGUUAGUAUGGAGGGAGAGAACCAGUUUGAGGCGUUGGGAUUCUUGCAUUUGGUGGCAGCUUAUGGACUGGUGUCUGAAUUCAACAUGGAUGAGCUUGUGGAUCAUUUGGUUGUUGUUGCAAGGUAUAGGCAAGCUACUGAUUUGUGCCGCAGACUUGGCUUGGGAGAUAAGCUUGCAGAUCUGAUUCAGAAACUCAUGAGCAAUGGCAAACAUCUUUUGGCUAUCAAGUUCAUUUCUGAAUUUGAUAUGACUGAUAAGUUUCCACCUGUUCCCAUCUUAAAAGCAUAUGUGAAGGAGUCUAAAAGGUUGGCCAAGAAAGUUUGUGAGGAAGGAAAUAACUCUAAGAAGGCGGCGAAUGAAGCCAUAGCCAAAGAAACCGGUGCUCUGAAAUCAGUAAUUAAAAUUAUUGAGGACCUCAAGCUCGAAUCUGAAUAUCCACCAUCUUCUCUUGAAAAGCGAAUUGACCAGUUGGCGAAGGAGAAGGCAAACAGAAAACGGCAAGCAGGAGCUCCUGCUGGGAAGCCUUUUCAACUGCAGCAGCAGUAUGGUAACAAGCGUCCUCGAAUGACUGCUCCUGUUGGCUCCACAGCAGUCUCAAAUGGUGCAGCAGGUUUGUUGGUAGAGUCUCCUGCUCCAUAUGUGAGCUCUGCAGCUGCACCCUAUGUUGUGUCGGGCACUGCUCCUCCAGUUGCCCCUUAUGUGGGUUCAUCAACUGGGCAGUAUGGUUUUGCAGGAGGCCAGAUGGGUUUUCCUGGGAACCCAGGCUCCUCUAGUACCCAUUUAUACUCAUCCGAACAGUAUGUGCCCUCGGGCUAUUACAACAGGCUAACUGCCUAUGGUGGAUAUGGUGUACCCCCUCAAUACCAUCCAUCUUACUAUUCUCAGUAGUAACUUGCUACUCUUUGUUUCUGUCAUAGUAUACCUAAAACGGUACUAUGGCUUUUGCAUUUUUUUCCAAUGGCAAUAAUGGUUACCAGAAAAGCAAAUCUGCUUUUUUGUCCACCGUGAUUGUAGUACAGUAACUAGACUGGGUAAUUAAGAUCUGUGAUUGCAUGGUUGGUUUCACAUGUCUAAUUACUUGACAAUAUUUUUGACUGCCCGGAUUUUCUCAGACAUUUAGAAGUACUCAGCAGGAAAGUAGUAUAACUUCUUUUAAUAUCAUUGUUCCCGAGCUCUAACUUCAGUAGACAGAGUUUACUCUUAUGACCUUUUGUUCCAUCUGCUUUCUCUUAUAGCUAUUUUCAUAGAAGGGAAGGUAUACCUAUUUGUAGUGUGUCCUCCCUGUGUUGCCAGUAGACAUGGCAAACAGAAGUUCUGCCUUUGACCAAACUCCAAAGGAAAAUGCUAUGUGUUCCUGGAAGAUGAUUUCAAGUAGUAUACUAGUAUUGCAGAAUUGGUAAACAAGACUUUUUUAUCUUUUUUCUUUGGGAAAAAUUGUUUAUUGCAUUUAUGGUAGUGCAUAAUUUUUGUUUUUCAUUAUGGUAGUGGAUAAUUUUUGUUUUUCAUUUUGCUCUCUUUACUGGGGAAGGGUGUUUUCCACCUGAUCUUGAACUCUUUUAUAGCAGACACGUGUUUGUGAUCUUAUUCAAUAGUACAUGCUUCUCAUUGAAAGCCUAAAUUGCAUCUAUGCCUUAGAAAAGGGGCUGUCUUUAGUUCUUAAUAUAAGAGCAGCAGGAAAAAUUUGGUUGCCUGUUAAAUUAUGUCUUUCUCUAGCAUCAUCUCUGAAUGGAUUUUCCUGCAUUGCUAUGCAAAACAUAACAGAAGCUUGAUGUUGUUUCCUUUUUCCUCUUUUUCUUAUCUGUAUCUUGGCCAUGUUGAUGUCAAGGUUUCUUUGACAAUGGCCUUGUAGCCUAGUAGUGGCAUAUAAGGCAGAAAACUUAUGAGGUGGGGGUCUUCAUCUCAACUCAUUGUUGAGUCAUUCGUCUAAUGGAUGGAAAAUGGGUACAAGUGGUUUAUGUUUCUUUAACAAAAGAAAUAGGAAGAAAUUUAUGAUUUCUUCCAGCAACCUUCAUUAUAUACAGGACCUGGUUCAAUCUGCAUUCUUUCUUUCAUCAAUUUUUGUUCUAGGCUACCUGUUUCUUUUCUUAUUCUUCAUGUAAAUCAAUUUUGAUGCACCAGUAUCCGUCUCUGGCAUCACUCUAUUGACUUACUUUUAAAGUCCAUUUGCGUGGACGAUUCCGGUUCCUUUGGCGACCAAGGUCCUAGCCUUUGGUCUCAAAAUUAGGAUUGAGAAUAAGGUAUAUCUUUUUAGAUAGAGUUUUAUAUUGCUUAUUCUCAACCAUUUGAUCUAGAUCCAAGGUAGAUGACUAGGGUUGGAGGUGACGCUUCGUUGUUAUCUAGCUUAUGGUUGAAGGAAGCUCUACUUCGGGUCAGGAUGUGGUCAUAAGGUGUAGGGGUUUCUCAUUUGUUUCUGGCGAUGUAUCCUUCAAAUUUUGCAUCCAACUAUUUUUCUUCUUGAUAAUCAGAUGUAAGUAACUGCCCUUAACCAUCAUCAUCAAUGUUUUCGAGCACGUUCUGUGCAUUUGUAUAGUGACAGAUUAAUCUGUACCACAUUUGGUUACAUCUGCUGCCUGUUCAUACAGUGAUA